AUGGGUGCUCUCAGGCAAAUCAAGAACAAGCGUCGCACCAGAGACUAUGAUCAAGUCCUCGCCGACAUCAAGUCUCCCCGUCACUUGGAGCAAUACAAGAGCUCCAAGGAUGUAGAGGACCUGCCUGGCCUGGGCAGACAUUUCUGCUUGGAAUGUUCAAAAUGGUUUGAGAGCGAGUACAACCUCAAGGCUCACACUAAGGGCAAGAACCACAAGAAGAGACUCAAGAUCCUCAAGGAAGAGCCUCACAGCCAACAACUCGCCGAACGCGCGAUCGGACUCGGUGUCGUCGACAAUGGCAAGCGAGAAGAGAAUCCGGACCUGAUGAAGGAAUAA